AUGUCAUUGAGUUUUGAAAAUAAGGAAGAUUCUCCAGCUGCCGCUGCUGCUUCUUCUACUUCUGAGGAAUCGUUAGAAGUUUCCACUUUCACCACUACAGACUCUGAAGGUAACGUUUCCACCGGUACCACUACUUACCCAGUUGAACACACCUCCAGAUCUUCUGAGGAAUCAUUGGAAGUUUCCACUUUCACCACUACAGACUCUGAAGGUAACGUUUCCACCGGCACCACCACUUACCCAGUUGAACACACCUCCAGAUCUUCUGAGGAAUCGUUAGAAAUUUCCACUUUCACCACUACAAAUUCUGAAGGUAACGUUUCCACAGGCACCACCACUUACCCAAUUGAACACACCUCCAAAUCUUCUGAGGAAUCAUUGGAAGUUUCCACUUUCACCACUACAGACUCUGAAGGUAAUGUGUUCACUGGCACCACUACUUACCCAGUUGAGCACACCUCCAGAUCUUCUGAGGAAUCGUUAGAAGUUUCCACUUUCACCACUACAGAUUCUGAAGGUAACGUUUCCACCGGCACCACUACUUACCCAGUUGAAGACACCUCCAGAUCUUCUGAGGAAUCAUUGGAAGUAUCCACUUUCACUACCACAGAUUCUGAGGGUAAUGUGUCCACUGGCACCACUACUUACCCAGUUGAACACACCUCCAGAUCAUCUGAGGGAUCAUUGGAAGUAUCCACUUUCACUACCACAGAUUCUGAGGGUAAUGUGUCCACAGGUACCACUACUUACCCAGUUGAGCACACCUCCAGAUCAUCUGAGGAAUCAUUGGAAGUAUCCACUUUCACUACCACAGAUUCUGAAGGUAAUGUGUCCACUGGCACCACUACUUACCCAGUUGAGCACACUUUCAGAUCAUCUGAGGAAUCAUUGGAAGUAUCCACUUUCACUACCACAGAUUCUGAGGGUAAUGUGUCCACAGGUACCACUACUUACCCAGUUGAGCACACCUCCAGAUCAUCUGAGGAAUCAUUGGAAGUAUCCACUUUCACUACCACAGAUUCUGAGGGUAAUGUGUCCACUGGCACCACUACUUACCCAGUUGAGCACACCUCCAGAUCAUCUGAGGAAUCAUUGGAAGUAUCCACUUUCACUACCACAGAUUCUGAGGGUAAUGUGUCCACUGGCACCACUACUUACCCAGUUGAGCACACCUCCAGAUCAUCUGAGGAAUCAUUGGAAGUAUCCACUUUCACUACCACAGAUUCUGAGGGUAAUGUGUCCACUGGCACCACUACUUACCCGGUUGAGCACACCUCCAGAUCAUCUGAGGAAUCAUUGGAAGUAUCCACUUUCACUACCACAGAUUCUGAGGGUAAUGUGUCCACUGGCACCACUACUUACCCAGUUGAGCACACCUCCAGAUCAUCUGAGGAAUCAUUGGAAGUAUCCACUUUCACUACCACAGAUUCUGAGGGUAAUGUAUCCACUGGCACCACUACUUACCCGGUUGAGCACACCUCCAGAUCAUCUGAGGAAUCAUUGGAAGUAUCCACUUUCACUACCACAGAUUCUGAAGGUAAUGUGUCCACUGGCACCACUACUUACCCAGUUGAGCACACCUCCAGAUCAUCUGAGGAAUCAUUGGAAGUAUCCACUUUCACUACCACAGAUUCUGAGGGUAAUGUGUCCACAGGUACCACUACUUACCCAGUUGAGCACACCUCCAGAUCAUCUGAGGAAUCAUUGGAAGUAUCCACUUUCACUACCACAGAUUCUGAGGGUAAUGUGUCCACAGGUACCACUACUUACCCAGUUGAGCACACCUCCAGAUCAUCUGAGGAAUCAUUGGAAGUAUCCACUUUCACUACCACAGAUUCUGAGGGUAAUGUGUCCACAGGUACCACUACUUACCCAGUUGAGCACACCUCCAGAUCAUCUGAGGAAUCAUUGGAAGUAUCCACUUUCACUACCACAGAUUCUGAGGGUAAUGUGUCCACAGGUACCACUACUUACCCAGUUGAGCACACCUCCAGAUCAUCUGAGGAAUCAUUGGAAGUAUCCACUUUCACUACCACAGAUUCUGAGGGUAAUGUGUCCACAGGUACCACUACUUACCCAGUUGAACACACCUCCAGAUCAUCUGAGGAAUCAUUGGAAGUAUCCACUUUCACUACCACAGAUUCUGAGGGUAAUGUGUCCACUGGCACCACUACUUACCCAGUUGAGCACACCUCCAGAUCAUCUGAGGAAUCAUUGGAAGUAUCCACUUUCACUACCACAGAUUCUGAGGGUAAUGUGUCCACAGGUACCACUACUUACCCAGUUGAGCACACCUCCAGAUCAUCUGAGGAAUCAUUGGAAGUAUCCACUUUCACUACCACAGAUUCUGAGGGUAAUGUGUCCACUGGCACCACUACUUACCCAGUUGAGCACACCUCCAGAUCAUCUGAGGAAUCAUUGGAAGUAUCCACUUUCACUACCACAGAUUCUGAGGGUAAUGUGUCCACUGGCACCACUACUUACCCAGUUGAGCACACCUCCAGAUCAUCUGAGGAAUCAUUGGAAGUAUCCACUUUCACUACCACAGAUUCUGAGGGUAAUGUGUCCACUGGCACCACUACUUACCCGGUUGAGCACACCUCCAGAUCAUCUGAGGAAUCAUUGGAAGUAUCCACUUUCACUACCACAGAUUCUGAGGGUAAUGUGUCCACUGGCACCACUACUUACCCAGUUGAGCACACCUCCAGAUCAUCUGAGGAAUCAUUGGAAGUAUCCACUUUCACUACCACAGAUUCUGAGGGUAAUGUAUCCACUGGCACCACUACUUACCCG